GUCUGGUAAACAGACAUGGAAGCACCAGGUGAAGACCUCCACAGAGGCUGAGCACUGUACUCGCUCUUUCCCACCGUCUUCUGUCUAUUUCGCCCAUUGCAUCCAGUUGAUAUAGAUCUGCUUGGUGUCACCUUUACGCCUACAGCCUCCAGAGGCUUGACUUCCUCUCCAGUGUGUGUGGCGGCCAACAAUCACCAAAACUGAUGAGGAUCAUCUGAUUGAGUUAAAAUAACUUCCUUUUUUCUUAUUUUGCCAAGCGGAAAGAAUGUCGGAAAGGGCCGAGGAUGACGUCAGGGGGGAGCAGCGCCGAGCGGCCAGGCAGCAGCUGAAGCAGCAGCAGAUCCAGCGGAGAGAAGGCUCCACAGCAAUGGCGACUGUUGCGGAGCGGAGAUCCUUGCCUAGUCCAGAAAUAAUGCUGGGACAGCCUUGGAGCAACUGGGUCGACGCCGCCAAACUCCACGGCAACGACGGUGCUGAAUCGGAGGAAAGUUUCAAAGACUUCGGGAAAAAUCGAGAAGCCAUGCGUUUGUGCAGAGAAGACAUGCCCAUAUUUGGCCAGUGUCCUGCACAGGACGACUUCUACCUGGUGAUGUGCAGCCACUGCAGCCAGGUAGUCAAGCCCCAAGCCUUCCAAGCACACUACGAGAGAAGACAUAGUGCGGCCAACAAGCCAGCCUCCACCUCGCCCUUCCCUGUGUCGGGCAGGAACCGGAGCAGCGGACUUGGGCCUGGGCUGGGCUCGGGCUCUGUAGCCGGAGUGGCGAGUGGAGGCAUUGUUACCCGACCCUCCACCGCUGGAGCCAGCUUAGCGUCCUCCUCCUCUAAUCCUAAACUCCUCAAAACCGCCAAAGAGAAGCCAGGCAUUCAGCGAAGAACCCCCUUUGCACCCUUCAGGACGCCCCAGCUGGACAAGAUCCUCACCCCGGCUGUCAAGGUGGAGAAGAUGCAUCUCAGGGUGGACUCGUCAGUUAAGCUGGUGCAGGCCCCAUCUGCCCCUGCCACCACCUCACCCUCCUCUACAUCCUCCUCUAGCAUCACUGUGAGCUCCAACACUACCACCAUCACCACCUCCUCAUCAUCAGCCCUUAAACCAGGCCUUAACUGUCCCUCCAUACCAAAGCCUCCAUUACUGGCCCCGGGUCAGAUUCCCAACGGCAAGGGCCACCUCUCAGUCCUGUCAGACAAGAAGCAGGACAGCAGCAGCAGUGCCAGUAGCAGACGCCACAUUAACAAGAAAGUGACAGAGCGUGAGUUCAAUGCAGAUAUCCACUGUGGCGUUGUGGAUAUAACAGCUCGGAAACCAUGCACAAGAUCCCUAACUUGCAAGACACAUUCCUUAAGCCAGCGGAGGGCGGUGCCAGGGCGGAGGAAGCGCUUUGACACACUGCUGGCGGAGCACAAGAACAAAGCAAGGGAGCGGGGGAAGGACAGAGAUCUCCACCAACCCCAUUCCCAGCAAAACCCCUCUCUCAGGGACCCACACCCCUCCUCCCACCUUGCUGCUGGCCAUGACGCCCACCAGGUCGCUCAUGGCAACGGCACCGCCCCAGACGCCACUAAGCCUUUGCCUCUCAGCAAGCCCAAAUUUCACAGCCCUGGUCUUCCACGACUAAACAGCGGUCACGGAGGUGGUACCCCCGGAGACCCCACAGUAGUCCACGAGUCGCCACACCAUGCCCAAACUACCCCCGAUGGGUUUUCUCGACCCUCCAGUGACGAGGGAGAGAACGAAGAGCGGGAGGACAGCGCUGACAAACUGGACUGUCACUAUUCAGGUUAUCACCCUCGACCGGCAGCUUUCUGUACAUUCAGAAGUCGACUGUUUGGGAGAGGCUGUUACUCCUUUGAUCGGCGAUGGGACAGAGUGCGAUGUGCCCUCACCACAAUGAUGGACAAGCAUGUCAACUCUCAGAUGUGGAAGAAAAUCCCCUUGGCCUUAGAGAACUCUUCCGUUGCACCUACUCAUAGGACAAGCACAAAUUCUCACGGUAGCACUCCCUCUUCAGGCUUCCUGGGCCCCCCUUCCACCUUGCCCCAGACUCCUUAUAGCCAAUCCUACGAGGGCAAGUCAGUGCUCUCCUAUGGGACCACCUUAAAUGCCCGCAGCUCCCCACAGGGCGGGGCUGAGCACCCGGCCUACGGCAUUACGCAGGCCCGACAAGUGUCUUCGUCGCCGCAGAUGCCUUCAGCCCACUCAUCCUCAUCUUCUUCAGCUCCUUCCCUAGCCUCAGGCCGGGUGCCUAAGUCCCGUUCUUCCAGCAGCAGCACUACCAAGUCGUCAUCGUCGUCAUCAUCCUUCAGGCCCAAGGAGGUCUCCUCUGGCUCCUCCACACCCGUCAUCCCCAACUCCAUUGGUGGGGGCAGCAGUGGAGCCAACAGUAACAGUAGCAACACUAGCUUCAGCUCGGGGAAGAAGAGGAAGAACAGCUCAAUUCUAUCUUCGUCCCAUGGCCCCUCUGAAUCCUCGUCUUCUAAUGCCAACUACUCUUCCUCCUCCUCCUCUUUCAAGAAGAACUGUGCAAAUGUCGGCAGCUCAGGGAGCACCUACCACCACGGCUCAUUAGGUCCUUCAUCCUCAUCGUCAUUAUCUUCCUCCCACAGCGGAGUCCACAGUGUGGGUCUUAACUGUGGCCCCACUGUGCGGACCAACUCACUCAGCCUCAAGGUGGAGCCUUCUGGAGGUUCAGCAGGCGGCUUCUCAGGGCCGCCUGGACGAGGUCCUCCCUCGGGCAGCCCUGCAGAAUCCAUCAAGCGCAUGAGCGUGGUGAUGAACAGCAGUGACUCUACCCUCUCCUUGGGACCCUUCGUCCACCACCAGUCCUCUUUCUCAUCUGACCACCAUACAAACUUCAGCCACCACUCCGCAGAUGGGCGCCUGGAGGGCAAGAAGCGCAAGAACUCUCCUGCCUCCAGCGGCAUUAAUAGUGGAGGAGGAGGAGGAGGAGGAGGAGGAGGGGGACCUGGACCAGGUAGACCCAAAGUGGCAAAGUCACCUGCCAUUAACAACAUCCAUGGGAAGCAUGGGCGGAGCAUUCCAGGGACGCCAGGGCUACCCAACAACUCCCAUUUACAUCAGCCAAAGGCUCGUCCCUGACAGCGGUGUCCGGCCUCUGUGUAUGGAACCGGCAUGCGGAUGGGGAAGUAGUCCGGAGCAGUCCGCACACUGCUCUGGACUGCACGAGGCCUUCUAAAAUCAAACCCACUUUACUCUUAGCUUCCCACAAUCCUCAGGGUGGAGAUGAUCUGGACUGCCCAGUGAAGUCAAUGUGGUCCUUACUAUUUCUCCCAAAGCCAUGUGUGUGUGUUGGGGACGAAGGCUGGUGCAAUGGCACUGUAUGUAUAGCGUGGAGUGCCAGUUCGUCUUAGGAGCGAGCCAAGGACCCCCUACACAAGUGUCGUCCCAGUAUUCUGAGAGGUCUUCCUGUCUUGAAGUAGUAGGAACAAUAGCAGCAGCCAUGGGUCUCUUGAGCUGUGGUUCAAAGCUCAUUGGGUUCAGGUCAAGGGCUGCCGCGACAAAGCCGACACGAUGCCGAGCAACUGGGGAGACAACAAGCCGAUCUCUUCUGUUUGUUAAAGAAUGAGUGUGUGAAUGUGAGUGUGUGUACGAGUAUUUUUCUCAUGUCAGAUUCUGCUGGACUACUGGAAUUUCCAACUUAAUUACACCCCCAGCGCCUGAUCUCAGAAGCCUUGGAAGGAGAGCAGGAGAAGCAGCUAACUGUUACUUGCAACACCUUAAACAACACACAAUCACCUUGUUGUUUCACUUUUCGUUAGUCUGACUCUCUCUGGCGACACGUUUGAGUAACCUCUGGGUUACCCGCCGUAGCCUGAGAGGAGCCCAUGGGGACGAUCUGGUCAAUUCUUUUAUUACCCAGAAUAAUUAUGCAAGUGUUACCUUUUUAUGAUUUCUUAAGAGCUUUUUACAUCAAACUACCAAGAGUCUUUGUAGACGUGGUGAAGACAGUUGUGCUUUCAAAUGUGAAAAGAUCGCCUGAUGUGCCCAUUCGAUUGAAUCCUUUUGUCAGAGAGAGAACUUGGUCUUGAGUACACCUGUCAAUUUUCUAAAUCUGUUCAUUGUGCAAAAAGAUCGCCACAGUAGACCCUACUCCCCCCCCCAACUGUGAACAGCACUAAAUAACUACUUUCUCCACAGGCACCGCUUAGCAGUCCUCAAGGCUAGCCAAAAGCUAUCAGCUUUGCCAACUACUUCUCUUUUCUUUUUUUUAAACUGAAACACCUUUCAGUCACGCUCGUGAAGCGGUGAUAGUGUAUUUCCUGUGUGGAUCAAAAGAAUAUCUGUGCAAACUGUAUUGUUAUUGCCACACUUUACCUACUUUUUACCCAGCUGUGCGAGAUCCACAGCUGUUGUGGGCAGAUGUGAAUUGAAAUGUUUAUUUUUCCUACCUAGGGAAUCAGGUAUGGUACGUCUUAACUGGAGCAAACUUUAUGCACGUCACCUGUCUUCUGUGGGUUCGAUUGUCCCUCCUUGUGUAACCACUACCCAAACUCUGGAUGUUAACGUUUCAACGCCCCACCGGAACACUAUGUUGGUCUGUGUUGAGAAGGGAUUUAUCACAGUAGAAUAGGAUAACUAGGCAUUAUACUCUAUUCCUUUGUCAAAAUGGAGUCUUAAAUCCGGCAAUACUUGCCCGUCUCGUCAGGAUGUUUGCCUAUUUUGAGUGGGUUUUAUGGUGCGAGAUUCAUGGCGAUGGCUUCACGGGACAUAUUUAAACUUUUGGAAACGCCUGUUGAUUUAUUGAACCUCCACUGAUGUCAGUGUGGAAAAAUAGAGGAGACCAUUUUUUUUUUUUUUUUUUUUUUAAGAAUCUUAAUUCAGCUUUCUUUUCUUGUAGCCUAUGUAUCAAACAAGUAUUGAAGUAUCCCUAUUUGAGAAUACAUAUUUUGUUAAAUUGUACAUAGUUAAAUAUGUAUUUUUGCACAGGCUUUUUUUGUACACGCUGAAUUUUUGGUACAAUAAAAAAAAAUGAGAAGAAAAGUCAUUAUUUAUUUAGUAAAGAUGAAGUCAGAGAACUUGAUUAUUUGAAGUGGUUCACUGCCAGGUCUAUAUAAUGCAAUACGCCUAUAUGUAGAAGCUGAAGCAUCUCAUGAAUCGUGUACGGAGAUCCUUUUUAAGAAACAAAGGUGAAGUGUUGCCACUGUAGCAUGUGUCUGUAUGACGGAGGAUAUCUUUUAUUCACUUUUCAAGGUCUCAAUCACAUGUGCUUUUACAAGACAUUUUACGUUGCCUAUGAAUCAACACAACAGUUACUAUGUGACCCAAUUAGCCUGUGAUUUUUAAAAACGUCCUGCAGGCUUGAAGCUGUGCCCGUUGUCUAUCCAGUUUCCACGGACUCUUCAGUCACACACUUUAUAAGACCUUAAAACACAUCUUCAUGCUC